AUGAGUGUAGAGUCCAAAAAGCCACGUGACGCCUUCUGCUCCAAGCUCAAGCUCUUCCUGGCCUCGCUGUCAUUUGUGUAUUUUGCCAAAGCCUUUUGUGGAGCCUACAUGAAGAGCUCCAUCACUCAGAUCGAGAGACGCUUCGACAUCCCUAGCUCCCUCAUUGGAGUUAUUGAUGGCAGCUUCGAAAUGGGGAACCUGUUGGUCAUAGCCAUUGUGAGCUACUUUGGUGCGAAGCUCCAUCGUCCACGGCUGAUCGGUAUCGGCUGUCUGAUCAUGGCUACUGGAUCUUUCCUCAUCGCCCUACCCCACUUCUUGCAGGGACUGUAUAAAUACGAGACAAGUGUGACUCACAGCAAUGACAUCAACAGCACCGAGACCAUCCUGCCCUGUCUGUCCAACCACAGCAUGACUGACGCAGAUGAGACGCUUGAUUUACAGCCUAAAGCAGCUUGUGAAAAGGCAGCUGGCUCAUCCAUGUGGAUCUACAUUUUCUUGGGAAACAUGCUGCGGGGGAUUGGAGAGACUCCCAUCAUGCCUCUGGGAGUGUCCUACCUGGAUGAUUUCUCCAAGGAGGAGAACACUCCUUUCUAUUUGGCUUGUAUCCACACAGUGGGAAUCUUAGGACCUAUGUUUGGGUACAUGCUUGGCUCCUUCCUUACCAAGAUCUAUGUGGACAUUGGAUCUGUGGAUUUAGACAGCAUCACCAUUAACCACAAAGACUCCCGCUGGGUGGGGGCCUGGUGGCUGGGCUUCAUAGUGACUGGCACCGUGAUUCUGCUCUCCAGUAUCCCAUUCUGGUUCCUGCCCAGGUCUCUGCCCAAGCAGGGCCAGGAGAAGAGUCAGAGUAAGAGCACAGAGCUGGCCACAGUGGCAGAGCAGGAGAACUUCCUGUCAGAGGAAAACCAGGAGCAUGACGAGAAAGAGAAGCCGGUCACAUUCCACGAGAUGGCUAAAGAUUUCAUUCCGUCUCUGAGACGACUCUUCAGGAACAGCAUCUUCACACUGAUGAUCCUCACACACCUCGUGGCCGUCAACGGCUUUAUCGGCCUCAUCACCUUCAAGCCGAAGUACUUGGAGCAAAUCUAUGGCCAAUCAGCCUCCAAAGCCAUUUUCCUCAUAGGUAUCCUGAACCUGCCAGCCGUAGCUUUGGGCAUCAUCACCGGAGGGUUUGUGUUGAAACGCUUCAAGCUGGGCAUCAUCGGAGCAGCCAGGGUGUCGAUUACUGCCACUGUGGUGUCCUUCAGUAUGCUUUCCAUGCAGAUCUUCUUGCACUGUGGACAAGCAGAUGUGGCUGGUCUCACUGUCUCAUAUCAGGGGGCUCCUCAGGUGUCACACAACCAGCAGACUUUGCUGUCGCAGUGCAAUGUGGGCUGCUCCUGCUCAAUGAAGCACUGGGACCCGGUGUGUGCCUACAACGGAAUGACGUAUGCCUCGCCAUGCCUGGCUGGCUGCCAGACCUCUACUGGCUCUGGCAAGGAGACGGUGUUUCAUAACUGCACCUGCGUCGAGGAUAUGAUGACAUCAGCUACAAAUAUGUCUGCAGUGCUGGGCCAGUGCCCAAGGAACAGUGACUGUGACGGCAUGUUUAAAUUCUACAUGGCUCUGUCUGUGAUUGGGUCCUUCAUCUCUGCAUGUGGGGGAACGCCAGGAUACAUAGUGCUGCUCAGGUCCAUACAGCAAGACCUGAAGUCCCUGGCGUUGGGGAUGCAGACACUGAUCGUAAGAACUUUGGGUGGAAUCCCUCCUCCUAUUUAUUUUGGAGCACUGAUCGACCGAACCUGUUUGAAGUGGGGUACCAAGCAGUGUGGAGGUCGAGGAGCAUGUAGACUCUAUGAUGCUAACGCUUUUAGGGUGACAUACUUGGGCUUGAUAAAUGGAUUCUACUUCCUGUCCAACUUGCUGUGGGUGGGUCUCUACCUCAGAAUUGUCAAGCGACAGAAGAAGUUAGCGCUGAGGAGUCAAGCCAAAGAAAACGUACUGGAGGCAAACGGACACACCAACGGACAUGCCAACAUCAGCAUCGCCAAAGACAAAGAGGGCGCAGACAAGGAGAGCACCAUUUAAGGUGGUAUGACAUCAUAGUAUAAUACAGGCGAAUGACACAUGCAGUAUUUCCCAUUGCUUAACUACUGUGCUGCACCCGGAAUGGACCAGAUGCAGUAAUGGUACAGCAUCAGCAUUGUAUACCUCUUUUUAUAUACAGUAUGUGUAUAUAUGCUGUAUUAUAAACAGUAUAUGCUCAGUAUAGUGUAUGUACAGUACAUUGUUUUACAUACUAGUUCAAGGCAAAAGUGUUGUUAGGAGUUACUGAAGGAUUAUGGCCAACACUUUGUGAGAUUAUGUAGCCCUCUGCUUUGACUUCAAGGAACUAUAAUAAUGAAGACACUGAGGUUGGUUGAGAGUAUCAUGUGUGAUAGCUUAAUAAAAACAUAGAUUUUAGAGAAGAUGAGCAGAAUCUUAAAUACACAAGGAUCACUAUAAGAGGUAAUAAUUAGGAAUGGCAGAUAUUGAUUUCACAUACAGGUGAUUAUUUUUGUUUCAAGAAAAACCCCUUCACUUACAUAUGAGUUACUUUAGAUGGUGCCUGUAUCUGUCGGAGUCGAUGCCACAGAUUUGCAAAGUCAGUGAAGUCUGUGAUUGCUGCAGGAUGAUCCAGUAAGUAAAAGCAACACAAGAAUGAAAUAUAUUUAGUUUAUUAAAGAAGAUUGACCAGAUAUGUAAUACUUGAAUGAGGGGAAGAAGAUCCACACAUAUCUUCUUAACCAUUUUAUAUUUGUGGCUCAAUCCCACUCUAGGUGAUGCCCAAAUAUGAGCCUAACCUAAAAAAAAGUUCUGCUGGAAGAAUAAGAUGAGGUUGAUACCAUUUUCAUUAUCAGUGCUGAUAGGGGCAAACUGUACACUGAUCCUCAAGUGAUUUUUAAGUGUACGUUUAUUUUUGUAUGGAAAGUGUUCCAUAGGUAUGGGGUAUGUGUAGAAUUAUCUAGAUGUCUUUUCCAAACUACUUUGCUAAGAAUAUAAGCUGAUUCCCCUGUGAUUGCUUUGGCAUUUGGAAAAAAAGAACAGGAAUAUAUUAUUCCAAAUAAAUUCUGAGAAAUUUGCUUUAUUGGCAUAUUGGUUAAAAACAAUAAUAGCAAUUUAGAUAAUGUCAAUUAAUACCUCUCUGGAUGAACAAUUCAGUUUGUUUGUCUCCACUGAUAUUCUUCAAAGUACAGAAUCAUUAACCUGGACCACUGCUGGCACAGUAGUUACUCAGGUUCGCCUUUCACUAAAUAUAAAUACCUUUGCACCAGAUUCUGUAACACAACAUUUAUCCACUCGAGCACUACACCCUGCAAUUAAUUUUUUCUAAUCAACACUGGCACUCACUGAAAUAUAUUUUUAAAUCUUUCAGGACAUUUUGGUUCAACCUUUGUCUUAUUUUAUAGAAUCAUCUAUCUUAACAGCCACAAAGACAACUUUAAUCUUUGUGCAUAUUUGAGAUGUCUGUUAUGGGAUGUAUGAGACAGAGAGGACGGUAAGGCCGGUCACUUUACUCUCUCUGUUAACAUGUGAACAGCUCCUCUGUCACUGCACACACUUCUUACAUCACAUCAUUUCACACAAACACUAAAGUUCGUGAACAUUCACAUACUCCUGAAUCACUUGCGUUUGUUUGGGAAAGUUCACUAAUGUUUGCACAGUGGACUAAGAGCUGGUGCAUGGUCGCUCUGCUACUGUAAGUUUUAACUCUGUUAUACACUGACCGUAGAGUUGUAGAAAAAAAAUUAUAUGUACUAUUAACAACUGUUAAAUAAGAAAAGUUUAUAAUGUUGUAUUUUAGUUUUAUCUUCAUAUUUGCCUUUUUACAAUUGUAUUGAUUGUCCUUAUGUAAGCCAAAUUUUCACAAUAAACUGUUU